ACAGCGUGCAUACACCAUUGGAUCCUUCCAACGCCAUCUGAAAACCUCCAGGACGCCUGAUCCAAUGUAAGGGCCCAGGGUAGGCGGCCGGUGGAAUACAAUGAAUCAUUCGUGGAAUAACUCUGGUGGCUUUUCGUGUAGGCAGCUGCAGUGCUCAGAGGAUGGAUGUGAUAAUCGGCCGCUGAGGAAUGAGGAUUGACCAAGCCAGGUUGGUGGCAGAGGCUAGAUCUCACAAUCCCUACAGCGGAUGCAGGGACACGAGCCGCCCGCCGCUACCAGUUCGCGUUGAGAAGUCUGUGCGUCAAGACAUUGCUAACCGAUAUUCUUGAAUCGCUGUGAUCUGUCACAAAUCCUUCCUAUCCGAUAUGUCACUAUUAGGACCGUAGUUUGACGAUAUUUAACAGUUAUAGGCAGGCUAACGCAGAAAUUUGUUAAUCGUUUCUUCAACCAACGAGGACACAAUCUUGUAGCUGAAAACGGGUAGCUGAUACGGUUCAACUGCACGACCAACGCCCUGGAAUCGAAAAGUUCGUAUUCAGCACGUUGAAAUUUCUGGUUCGGCUUUUGGCAAAUGACGGAUGAAUAGACUUUUUAUGUAAAAGUGGGGUCGGCCGCCAGAAUGAUCAGUGCUCCCGUUGACGAUGAUGCAGAAAGUCCCGAUGUACCGGCUCCUUUGACUAUUGAAGGAUGCGUUGAAAGAUACCAAGCACCUUGUGACAGCUGGAAAUAGCUUUCGCUUAUGAUCAAAAGACAGCUGCUCCACUGACUCGGGCCAGAUCACACUUGCGAAAGUCGCUCGUCACUCGAUAUGACUACUUUCGCGAACUACGUAGUCCGUGGAAGUAGGCGCGUUGUGUUUACGUGCGAGAAACCUAUUUCAGAUCGGCGUAGGUGCAAUGGAACAAAUAUUUUUGCUAGUAAUUCGGAGAUCCGGCCGAUUCGCGUAUCGAUUCAUACCAAGACUCCACAUCUCACAUAUGCCGUGUCUUCGGCAUAUGCCGGUCUUACACGCUUGAAGGAUCAGCAUAGAGACAUUCGGAAUAUGUUCCAACAGUCCCUGCCGGUAAGUGUGAUAGGAACCUGCCCCAUGCUCAAUACGAAGAGUUCAGAAUCCCUCAUCCUGUUGGUGACCAUUCGGGGCCGUGCAUAA